UCCAAUUUGGAGAGCGAUCAGCCAUUGAAUUAUUCGCCGUCUGCAAAGAGCGUGUGCCCAACACGGUGCCGUUUUCCUCAACUUUAUGAAAAAACAAGGGUAUACAAAAUAAAGCACACGCCUUUUCCUUCGUUUUUCACCUAACACCCAACGAAUUUCUCUCUGUCUCUCUAUUCUCUCUCUCUCUAUAGUCUCCUCGAUCUUCGUGUGCAUCGCUGAAGCUCAAGCCUCUGCCAUUGCAAUCCGUCUUUCAAGGAAACUGUCAUCGCAUAAAGAAUGGAAAACUUUUUCAGAGAUUUUAAUGAGUCUGUGCCUUCACAGCUGGAUAUACUUAGAUGCCCAUUUCUGAGAAACAUCAAUGAGCCUACCAAUUUUUCCUUCUCCUCAUCCUUGGCGUUCCCUAUGCCAGUACGGGGAGCUAAAGGUCCAAUUUUUGAAGAUGGCCCCAAUUUUGAUAUGGCAUUCAGGCUUUUCCAUGGGCAUGAUGGAGUAGUUCCUCUUUCUGGAAGAUUGAACGUGCCUGCUGAGAAAGUUGAGCAUCACCCAACUCCAUCCCAGUUUAAUCCAUUGGCAGCAAAGGCUGCCACUAUCAGUCUCUCAUCCUUUGGAGCUGGAGGUCCAUUCAGCUUUGAUUCUUUCUCUGAAAAGUGGAAGAAUCAGAAAAAAAAAUCCAAGUCAUCCAAGAAGGAGUCUUCACAGGGAGGGAAUUCAAAUCAUGAAGCAAUGAGUAAUGAGUGGCUGCAAAGUGGGAAUUGCCCUAUUGCAAAAUCGUACCGGGCAGUGAGUAAUGUUCUCCCACUUGUUGCAAAGGUUUUUCAGCCCCCUUCAGGCAUGAAAUACAAGUGCCCACCAGCAAUAGUAGCAGCACGAGCAGCUUUAGCAAGGACAGCAUUUGCGAAGAAUCUCCGCCCACAACCAUUGCCUGCGAAAAUACUUGUGAUUGGCGCAUUAGGCAUGGCAGCCAAUGUUCCUUUGGGGAUAUGGAGAGAGCAUACUGAGAAAUUCUCCCCAUCCUGGUUUGCUGCUAUCCACGCAGCUGUUCCAUUCAUAGGCAUGCUUAGGAAGUCUGUUUUGAUGCCUAAGACAGCUAUGGCAUUUACCAUUGCAGCAUCAGCAUUGGGACAGAUUAUUGGCUCUAGGGCAGAAAGGUACCGGCUGAAGGCGGUGGCCGAAAAAAAAUUGACCGAAACCAGCACUUUUAGUGGAUCUACCCGAUUAGAAACCAGCAAUUUUGAUGGAUCUACCCAAUUGGAGGUGGUCAAAGCGAAUGUUAGUCAUUGUGGUGAUAUUGGCCAGUGGAAUUCAGCUACCCUAACUGUGGGAGGGCCGGCCUCAUCAACAGAUGUUUGCUGCUGAUUUUUUGUUGCCAUUACUGAGUUGAUAUGGUGUAUCCUUUGUAUUUUGGCAAGAGUAAUUCUGUAUCGUAGAUUGUGUGUGUUUCAUCUGUUCCUUUGUCUUGGACUGUUGUCCAUGUCCUUGGAAGACUAUGGGGUAAUAAAAUGAGAUGAAACGAGAAUGAUUUAUCUAAUUUGUAGAUGGUGAAUGAAAAUGAACAUGGAAAGAUUCUUUUUUA